AUGGAUCAAACCGCCUAUAGACAGAAACCGCUGGAAGCGGCCAUCUUGGCCUCGCUUGAAGGCCUCCAGAGACAGAACAAACAGUCUCCCUCCCAGGUCUCUCCGCCAUGCCAGAGCCAGAAUAGCGUCGCUCAAAGUGCCUUAGAAUUCCCCAACCGAAGGGUCUUCUCAAAUGCCCAGUCUUCCAAGAUGCCCAAGGCAGCAUCACCCCAGCCGUCCAAGUCGACCUCGACUCAGCUCGUCGACCUCACGAACGACUCUAGGUCGGGCUCAGAUUAA